AUGUCUCGCCAUCAUCCACCUCUGGUAACCAAAAAGGAGAUUAUCUAUCGGAGAAGCUUCAUCGAUGAUCACAAUGACCGCUUUGAAAAUGUGAUGAGAAACCCAACUGCUUAUCCACCAAGGGAUCCAAAACCCGAACGUCCCCAAAAUGUAACUGUAAGCCACAACUAUCACGCUGAUUUUGAAUCAGAGUUCCAACUCUCAAAAAUCAACAAAAAGUUGGACAGUAUAAUCGGAAUUCUUCGCAGUCCAUCGACCAAGCGAAAUGCUGAAGAGCGUGUCGUUGUUGACGCCGGACGUCAAGAGCAAACUCGUCAAUACAAGGAUAUUUGCGAACGGCUUGACAAGUUGGAGACAGAGUUGACUGGAAGAACUCCUUAUGCUCCACUUCAAAACGAAAUUUACGCUUUGACAAACAAAGUGCAAGAGUUGGCUCGAAUUCAAGAAGACUUGAAAGCCAAACUGGUUGCAAGCAACAUUCAGGGAGAUGAUAUUGACGAGUUGUUGAAGGUUAUCAAUGAAACGAGACGGGAUAUGGAGGAGAAAAUUGGAAACAUCAAACAGCUCAGCGAUGGGAAUUACAUCCAUUUGGAAGACAAGCUUGAUGGAUAUCUGCGCAACCAGCAUGGUAUACAACUACAAGUUGAUCAUCUCAUGCAUCUUCUCACUCAUAGCUCUCGCCCAGCAUCUGCAAUUGGUUCGAGACCAGCAUCCGCUGUGGAGAAAAUUUGUAGUGUGUCCCGCUCAUCAUCAAAAAGUUCAAACUUGAAAGCUAAUCUUGUCAUGCCAACUCGUCGUUCACCACCUCCAAAAACCCCAAGUGAGGUCAGCUACACAUCGACUCGCCCCCGGACUGAACGUUCAGCGUCCCAUAAAUCGGAGAGCACCGUCACCUCGUCCAAUACUAUCACCACUUUGGAUAGCUCCAAGAAGAGCUCUCGUCCGGUUGAUGCACCACAGAAGCCACCUCGAAAGCCAUCAAUUGAAGUGUUGGAGAAAAGCAAAAGCAUUGAGACAUUGAAUGCCAUCCAUGCUGCUCAACAACUGGAAGUUGAGUCCUCUUCUUCUGGAAGUUACAUUGCUCCUCUGAAAAUCGACGAACGCAGAAACUCGCAACCAGCUAAUGUUUUUCUCAACCAAAAAUUUUAG